AUGUAUUCAGAGGAGUGCAUUGCUGAUGAUAUCGAACUGCCUUCAAUGAGUGGUUUGCCAAAUCCCCUGGGCGCCAUUGGUUGUGAAUUUGCUAGGAUCAGAAAGAAUAAGAGUAAACAACAGAGGACAUACAAAACAGACAAUGUGAGCGGUUUACCGAGCAGGUCAAACUUAGUAACCAUGACCUGUUUGGGAUGCAAUAAAAGCUCGCCAACGACGCGUUGCCUACAAUGUAGAAACCUAUUUUGCAAUGACUGCUGCUAUAAUUUUAUAUCAGUCUGUCAAAUGAGAAAACACGCGCUCCACCCUAUAGAUCCGUCAUUUAUCGGUAUGAUACCAAGUCCUAAAAACAGUGAUAAAGACGACAUGUACUGUGAACUCCACGAAGAUGCUUUGAAAUUUCAUUGCAAAGAGUGCAGUGUUUUUAUUUGCCAUAAAUGCACUCUGUGGGAUCAUAAAGACCAUGACUACAUUCCAGUAAACGGUGUUUUCGAUAAACUUACUCGUUUAGAUAUGAUGGAUGUAAUAAAAGAUGUUAUAAACAGUACGAAUACAAUUAAAAUUGAAAUCGAUCGCGUGACGGCAAUGUCAAAAGCUUAUGCUAAAGAAUCUGCGGAAGCAGAAAAUAAAAUCAGAACAGCUAUGCAGUAUUUGGCUAAGGCUGUCGAAGACCAUGAAAAGUACCUUUUGGAUAAGGUUGCAAAUAUGCGUCAGACGAGGAUGAAGGAAUUAUCUCGUCAUAUAAAUAAAUUGAACGGUAUGCUUGAAGGUUUAUCUCUUUCAAACGACUCAUUAAUGCGAAAUAUAGAUGCACAAGGAGUGGAGUUAUUUAUAGUCAAAGAAAAUAGUAGAGCUCUGGUGGAUCAUAUUUCAUCUACAUUCGAAAAUAUGAAUGUGAAUGAGGAGAAAAUUGGCUUUAUUCCACCCAAUCAUUAUUUAAUAGAACAAUUAAAACGUGAGUGUGAUGUACAGCCAAUUUCUCCGAGUAGUAAUGUAUUACUUAAUUACUCUUUAAAUCACCCUCGCCAGUCUUGCAGAUGCAGUAUUUGCAAACAGCUCAAUAGUUUACCUCUUUCGAAUCACAAUGUGGUCACAGUUAGCGGCAUGAACUCACAACCACGUUUUUAUUCGAUUACGAGUAUAAGGUCUGCCAAUAGUCAUUACGACUACCCUAACUAUUCGCCAUCGUCUGUUAUAAAUAAUGUUUCUCAUUUAAGUCGUGAAGGUUCUGGAAUCGGUCCAUCGGGCAAUAUGACCGAACGGUAUAGUCCGAUUUUUUUAGAAAAUCAGUAA